AUGUUUGUAUGCUCCCAGGUAAUUUAUCCGAGGAUGAGUCAGCCCACUUGUCGCCCGCGGCGCUGGACCCCACAAGUCUCGCCACAAGGCUACGCUACGGCAAUCCCUCGAGGCGUCAUCAAAUCGCAACAUCUUAUAAUGAGCGUCGCGAGGAGCCUGUGCUGGGUCAUAGCCGUGUCGGUUUGCGCGGCCAUGCACAGCGGCGGCGGCGGCGGCGACCGCAACUCCAUAGGGAGAGAGUUCGACGCUAACCUCACAGACCACCUCGAGGCCAUAAACGGCACUCCAAACUACAGACUGAUAAAGCCAGACAGAAACACGCAGUGGUACCCUUCUACGGGGGAAAUCAAGAUCGACUACUGCGUGAGACAAGCCAAAUGCGAGCAGCUAAUCAACAGAACUUGUCUGGGCGUCGAACUGCCCUAUGACCAAACUAGCGUCCAUCUAACAUUCUUCCACACGCAGCAAGAGAUCCAAAAUCAAUUGCAACUAUAUACACAUUUAAUAAAUGUGCCAAAAUGCUGGGCCGUUAUACAGCCCUUCCUGUGCUCUACGUUCAUGCCUAAAUGCGAGAAUGUAUUAGGCAAAGACAUGGUGUAUUUACCGUCGUUCGAGAUGUGCAACGUGACGAUGGAGCAUUGCGCGAUCCUCUACAAUACCUCAUACUUUCCGUCCUAUUUGAAGUGCAACGAGACGUUGUUCCCGGCGAAGUGCGAGAACCCGGCAAAGGAGAAGAUGAAGUUCAACACGACCGGCAAGUGCUUGACGCCGCUCAUACACACGGAGAAACCCUUGCAUUUUUAUAAAGGCAUACCAAACUGCGGCCUGCCGUGCCAGGAUCCCCUGUACACUGAAGACGAACACCAGCAGAUCCGGCGACUGAUAGCCUGGGGCGCGGGCGGCUGUCUCGCGCUCAACUUACUCACCGUCGCCACAUUCCUUAUUGACUGGCGCAGCGCGAACAAAUAUCCUGCGCUAGUUAUCUUUUACAUCAAUGUGUGUUUCGCUGUAGCUAACAUGGGAUGGCUUGUGCAGUUCGGCAUCGGGUCCAGGGAUGACAUAGUGUGUUCUAAAGACGGCACCAGGCGGCAGGGAGAACCGUCCGCGGAGGAGAAUUUGUCGUGCGUUGUUGUCUUCGUCCUUGUGUAUUACUUCAUGAUGGCAGCUUGCGUUUGGUUCGUGAUAUUCACGUACGCGUGGCAUAUGAGUUUUCGAGCUUUAGGUAAAAUCCAAGACCGAAUAGACAAAAAGGCGGCGUACUUCCACCUAGUAGCAUGGUCUCUACCACUCGUACUGACCAUCACUACCAUGGCCUUCGGGGAGGUGGAUGGCAGCAGCGUAACGGGCAUCUGCUUCGUGGGUUACGUCAACCACCCCAUGCGGGCUGGCUUACUGCUGGCGCCGCUACUGCUGGUGCUGCUGCUCGGCGGGUACUUCCUGCUGAGAGGCGUAUUCUCCCUCAUAGCGGUCCGCGUGUCGAGCAAAGACGUGAUCUCCGCUCGGGCCGCCAACAAGAUCCGGCAGACCAUCACGCGCUGCUCGCUCACGGCGGCGCUCGUGGCCGUCUUCAUCUGCGUCACCUUCGCCUGCCAUCUCUACGAGUUCCGGAACGCGGACCUGUGGAAGGACUCCUUUAAGAACAACAUCAUCUGCCGUUUGGAAGCGUCGAGCUUCGCUCGCUUGUGCUCGGCGGGCGUGCGGCCGUCGCUGUCGGUGCUGCAGCUGCGGCUGCUGUGCUGCUUCGCGGCCGGCGCGCUCAUGGCCUCCUGGACCUGGACGCCCGCCGCCGCCGCCGCCUGGCGCCGCUACCUCGCCAGAAAGUGCGGCUGCUCGGUGGAGGCGGAGACGACGCGGCGCGCGCGCAAGCACGAGCUGAUCGCGCGCGCCUACCGUCGCCGCGGGGAGUUCGCGGCGCGCGGCCGGCUGUCCAUCAGCCUCGGCGGCUCCAGGCAGGACCCCGUGGCGCUGGGCCUCGACCACACCGAGCCCAUCGACUACCCCGACAACAAGCACGAGAGUUGCGAGCUGUCUUCAUCUUGGGCGGCGAACCUGCCGCGCUUCGUGCGCCGCCGCGACGCCCUGGUGCUGCCGCCCGCGCCCGCGCACGCGUCGCUGAGCUCCACACCCGACCGGCGCCACUCGCAGGACUCGCAGAUCAGCAUCAGCCUGCGCCACGUGUCCGUGGAGUCGCGCCGCAACUCGCUCGACAGCCAGCUGUCCGUCAAGAUCGCCGAGAUGAAGACCAAGGUCGGCCGCCGGCGCACCAAGCAUGGCAAGACUAAACGCAAGGCACGGUCUGUAAGGAAAGAAAGCACGCCGUCUAUAGAGAGCCAGAUCAGCCGCUACUGGCUGCAGGCGGUGGCGGCCAACAACGACCCGGCCCGCGAAGAGGUCAAGUUUAGCUUCGAUUGACCCGACAUACCAAAGCGAUGAUCUAUUUUAUUUUUAGUGCGUUUAUUAUUAUAAGGCACCUUUUCAUACAAAACACUGAUCGUUGUUUGAAAAGGUGUCACAUAAAAAUGAUAUUUUUACCCAUUAACGUCCGUUGUACCUACUUGGGUACACCUGGGUUACGGCGUUUGAUUCGAUGUUCUACUGUAACUAUCUAACAGCGUUAGAAAAAUGGCGGGUUCCCAAUGGUGGGCGCUAAUGGGUUAAGUACCUGACUUCAAAGAUCUGUUGUUCCAUAAACUUAUUCCCUGGUACUCAUUCGACUGCAGCGCUAAAACGAUGUUAAUUUGACAGUAGCGUCAGAUUUCGCUGCAGUCAAUGUUAGUAAUAGUGUAUUUACAUGAGAUCAGUUACGAGUUUAGGGGUCAUAAACGGGUUUGUUUUCAGCCCGUCUAGUUUAAGAGUAAUGUUACGUCCUGACCGAUGAUGUUGAAGUGCUUUUCCACUGGGGCUGCUAGAUGAAGUUUGAAUUUGUAUGAUAAAUGAUAAGACAAAUGACUAUUUAUUUGUUGACAAUAUAUACAAACCUAUUAUUCAGCCACAUAUUGCUCCACAGAAGGAGAAGCAUCAUUAAUUGUUGCAGUAUUUUUGUAAGUUAACUGGAUAUUAUAAAUGAAUAAUUUCAAUAUGCUUAAUGCUCUGUGAUCCUACCAUAUCGUGAUAUACGAAUUAAGUACUAAUGGUAAAAUUACCAGUGUUAAAAAUAGAAUAUUUUGCAAGUUAUUUGCAAAAUACUUAUAUUAAAAUCAUACAUCUGCAAAUAGUUAACCCCUAACUUCGUUAUUAUGCGAAAUGAAAUAAACAUCAUUGUCAUAUUCACUGCCCGCAUUAUACAUUUUAGAUUCCUUAUUGACUGAGGCAGCUUUUAAUAUUUCGUUAUGGUUGAUAUAUUUUUAUAAAAAUCUUAAGACUGAUCAGAAUCUCUACUAAUAUUAAUUCUGAACUGACAAAACCAUGACAUUAUACUUUAUAUUUUCAAGUUCAUUUUAUUAUCAUGCUUAUCGGCACUACUUUGAAAAAAAAAAACUUCUUGUUCUGUCAAUCAAAAUAAAAACGUGGUAUCUGUGUAUGGGACGCAUACAGUUACUGCCUUUCAACUUUGAGUAGCAGUGUGAGAUGCGAGAUUUUUUCAAAGUAGGGCCGAUAUUUAUUAUAUGAACCAAUCACAAGACAGGCAUGCAAGUAUGUGCCAUAAAUAUUUUAUUUGUGUGUAGUUUUGAUCAGAUAGAGAUCGACUGAUUAUUUUUUAUUAGUAGUUUAAAUUAUAAUUAUAAGAGAUAAUUUUAGAUAAAACUUUUCAACGUAAUUAGAGGAUAAGUUACGCUUUUUUAUGAUUAAUUGUAGUAAAAUCUACAUUGAAAUAUCAAACUGAUUUGAAACGCACACGAGCGGUUGUGAGACAGUGUUUAACGAGGCUUUAAUAAUAAUACUCCUGAAUGUCGGAGCUACGCAGAAUUCAACAGCGCAGUAAAUGUUACGCUAGAAUUAAUUUUGUAUUCUUAAAUCAAACUGGACUUAUUUUAUUCAAAACAGAAUGAAAUUAAAAACCCACAGAAUACUCCGUCAGAAGCCCAGUAGUUUGAUUCUUUGGAUUUUGGUAUUUUAAACUUUUUAACGCCAAGAACGUCGAGUCGUCACUAGUCGUGCCCACCGCGUCAUGGACAACUUUACUAUAGGUGUUAUUGACAUACGCUGUCAAAGUAACCUUCACACUUUCAAGUAAGUCGCUUAACUUCAAACUCGGGUAAAACCAUGUCAGAUUUUGCGAUUUUGGUAUUGAGCUAGGUUUAGACGAAGCCAGUAAUGCUGGCGCCAGUCCUCAGACAAGCCAGCACUGGCGCGAAUAGACAAGCGCUCUAUUCCCGCCAGUGCUGGCUUGUCUUGAAAAACUGUUUCUACGAGGCCAAUAACAAGCCAGCGCUGGCUGCCAGCACUGGCUUCGUCUAAACCUAGCUUUAAGAAAAGGUAAUAGGGUAGAUAUUUGCUGAGAGAGUCGAAUGGAUUUACCCGAGUUAGAAGUUAACCCUUAAAUGCAUAAUGAUGUAUAUACAUCAUUAUGCAUUUAAGGGUUAACAUAUAUAUGCAUCGUAUAUUUGAUGGUCCGUGGCUCAAUAUGCAGCUAUCCAAAAUCACAUUUAUUACUUUUAUACAGCAUGACACAUCUAUUUCAAUUUAUUAAAAAGUUAUACAAAAAAUCAUGCAUUUAAGGGUUAAGCGACACAAGCCCCCGCAUUGCGCCCGGGAUGUUGGCAUGUUAGUGAUGUUUUUGUUUAUAACGUAAAGCGUUCAAAGGAUUAACUAAUGACCUUUAGCGCCAUCUGCGUUAAUCUUUGCGCGUUAUUUCACUUAUUUCUCAUUGUCUUGGCUCAUCUACGACAGCAUAUUGCAGUUGACCACAGAAGAGUUAAAUACUUUUUAUUGUUGAUAUAAUAUUGCCGUUUCUUACAAUGCUGUCAGUAUCGAUAUUAGACAAACUUUUAUUAAGUAUUUUGAAUUACAAAACCCUGUACUUGAAAUGCUUUUUAACCUAAUAUCUCAACGUUAGAAGCUCCAAUGCGUAAUCGCUACUACAGCUUUAAUGUUUUUACGACUCAUAAUAUAUUACCAGUUUACAUUUAUUUGAUACAUUUCACAAUAUUUUUG